AUGGAGCGCGAGGUCCAUGUCAGCCUGGACCCGGACAAUCCCACAGGGUUUGCGGGCCUGCCCGGCGCAUGGGAGACGAUUCUUAUGUACUCGGGCAUCAUGCGCGAUGAGGCUAUGGCAAAUCCGGAGGCUGUCAUUGAUGUGCUUAACUUUUCGAAAAAGGCCGAGGGGAAGCGGGCGAGUGUUGAUCGCGCUCUGCCCCCGAUUUAUCUGGAGAGGAUGAAUACGCCGAGCAUGACCUCGUUUGAUGAGAGGAGUGAUGGCUUCUUGAGCGAUGAACUUACGAGUCAAUCGUCGGGCAACUCGGGGAUUGUUCAGCUCGGGAGGAUGAGCUUUGGUGGGGAGGAGGUGAUGAAGGUGAGGAGGAGGAGUAGUCAGUAUAAUCUGCGCUCGCAUCUCGGGCCACUGCCGCCGAUUCCGAGCUCGGCAAUUAGCCACGUGAGGAGGUCGGAGCCGGUGAAGAUAAAGGAGAUAGUGGGGCCGGGAGAGCCGUCGACGGAUGUGAUGGAGAACUUGAUCGGGUCGGAGCGCAAGGUUGACUUACCGGACGGCAUUCCCGAUGACUUGGUCGCCGAUUUCAGAGAGGAUGAUCCUUUCAUGCUGUUCACGCGCAUGGAGCAGAUCGGCCAAGGCUCGUGUGGCAACGUUUACCGCGCUGUGGACAAAAACGGCAGGUUUGUGGCACUCAAAAAGGUCAAGCCGGAGAGCUCGCGCGACUGGAAGCUGUACAAGUUCGAAGUGCAAGUGAUGCAGGACCAGUACAAGUCGGACAACCUAGUGGAUUGCUACGAUGCAUUCAGAAGCGGCAACGAGCUGUGGAUUGUGAUGGAGUACGUUUCCGCCGGGACGUUAGCGGAUUUGCUAUCGGAGCAACGAGGCGCCGAGUUUCAACGGUCGCAGCAAGCACAAGCCGAGGGGGCUGGCGAGGUCGCUGGCGGGCGCAAGAUGGAAGAGAACGUGAUCGCAUACAUCUGCCGCGAGGUGCUGCGCGGGCUGGAAAGCUUGCACUCGAUCCGACGCGUGCAUCGCGACAUCAAGGGGGACAACAUUCUCCUAGACAUGGACGGGUCGGUGAAGAUUGCGGACUUUGGGUUCUGCGCCGAGCUCUCCCGCGGGUCCGGAAAGCGCAACACAGUAGUGGGGACGCCCUACUGGAUGGCGCCCGAGGUGAUCCGCGGGGCCAACUACGAUUGCAAGGUGGACUUAUGGUCGACGGGGAUCCUGGCGCUCGAGUGCGCGGAGGGCAAGCCGCCGCACUUGGACGCAUCGCCGAUCCGGGCAAUGUUCCUGAUCGCGACGCAAGGCGCGCCGGAGCUUAGCGAGGCGGCGAAAUGGUCGGAGACGAUGCGUGAGUUUAUUGGGCUGUGUUGUAAGGUCAAGCCGGAGGAGAGACGGUCGGCUGAGGAGAUGUUGCAGCAUGAGUUUAUUGAGGGAGCUUGCUCGCAAGCAGACGCGGCCGGGUUUUUCGCAGAGGCUUGCGACCUGAGAUUUAGGAAGAGGAGGGAGAGGCGGACGAGGGGGUUUAGCAAUUAUCAGUUCCAGACGGAGAGGUAG